AACGUGUUUGUUAUUAUACAUCUUUAUUUAAAUUUCUUUCAUAAUAUCUUUGUUUUUAAACGUUUUUGUUAUCUGUGGUGACAACACUGCAAGAUGUCACUUUAUAAAAGAAAAAACGCUACGCCACGCGGGUUUCUGAAUUAUCUAAUAGUAAAAUAUCAAACUGUUAAACCUAAUUAAAAACGCCAGGAAGCAAUAGCUUUAAUGUUGUUUCUCUUUUCAGAGCAACACUUACAGUUAUUGUUUUAUUUGUUUAACGUAAUAAAAAUAACAUAUUACAAAACAACAUUAUUGAUAGCUGUUGUAAACCAUGGAAAAAUUAAGAUUUGAAUUUGUCGUAAAACAAAGUGAAGACCCGAAAACAAACGUGAUAUGCAUAACCUCAAUUACGGACACCGACAAAAACAUGUACUUAAUUCCGGACAAAUUUCAACCGGCAAAACUACAUGAAGAGAUUAUAAAGACUCAAACUUUUCAAAAAGUAAAAUGUACUUUGCAAAAAAGACAUGAGAGAAGACAUGUGUGGAUUUCAUUAACACAAGAUUUACGUAACUCGUAUAUGGAUGGAGAUGGAAACAUGCAAUUCAAAGGAUAUUUGUUAGAACAAAUUACAUCACAAACAGAACAACAAACGUCAGCAGAAGCCCUUUCAAGAGUUUUAGAAAAUUUUACUGAAUUGAAGAAGCAAUCUAAACAGCCCAAUUUGAAGGAAUUAUGUGAAAAGUUUGUAAUAGAGAAAUUUACUAAAAAAACAUCAAGUGUAACGCAAUGGAUGGUCAUCUUUGAAGCUGAAUGUACUCGUAUAGGUAUAGAUGAAGAUAUUCAAAAAAUUCAAGUAUUUAGGUUAUUUUUGGAUGAUUCUUGUCAAGACUGGUAUAAUUCAAUGCUUAUAAAAUAUACAGUUAAUUCAGAAUGGUGUAUUUGGAAAAAAAACUUUUGUGAAACAUAUGUAAACAUAGGCUGGACACCCAUAAGGUAUGCUUUCUCAUUUAAAUACAGGCAAGGUUCAUUAUUAGAAUAUGCUUUAAAGAAAGAAAGGCUUUUGUUAGAGAUAAACAAAUCAAUAGAUAAACAUACUUUAAUUGAUUUAAUUGUAACUGGGUUACCUAAUUUUGUAGCAGAUGAGAUUGAUAGAAAUAAUUUACAAGAGACUGAGGAUUUAUUUAGUAGUAUUCGAGGCUUAGAAUAUUUAAUUAAUAGAAGAAUUGUAUGGACAAGGGAUAUAGAUUCAGGUAGUAAAAUUAAAGAAAAAAGUUUGAAAGACCGACCAUGUAGAAUCUGUGAAAAAGAAAAAAAAGGUACUCGCUAUCAUCCAGAAUCAGUAUGUUGGUUUAAAAAUAGAGAUAGUGAUCGGUUAAAGAAAGAGCCAAUUAGAAGUGUUAAUAAUUCUGAAUUAGAAAUGAGUUUAAAUGAAAUAGAUCCAAAAAACUAAUAAUUCCACCAUUAAUCAAAAUUAAUUUAAGAAUAAAUGAUUGCAUAGAAA